GCACGCACAACGCACAUGCAGCGCACGCACAACGCGCGCACAACGCACGCUCAGCAAACCGAUGAAUGGGAAAUAUAAUCUACAUGUCUGUUUUGUUACAGGAAUGUAUCAAAACACAAUAAUAACCCCCCCAGCAAAUGUUUGCUAGCCACGGGUUAGUUAUUAUCUUUUAAACCAUUUGGUGGAUAAUCUGAUGAAUGCCAUUUCGUGGGAGUUUCGAUCAAAAGUGUCUCACAACACCUUAUCAAACAUUGUCAGCGUAAAACAGCCCCGGUGGGAAUCAAACCUCCAACCCUGGCGAUGUUAAUGCCUUGCUCUAUUCGUUGUAUUUUAUAUCAUCAGACACGAUACAUCACCAGCGCUUCGUUUAUAACAAUCGUGUCGUCCGCUGUUGUUGGAAAGCCGUGUCCGUCUGUCCGUAUUACCCAGUGUGCCUUGCUCUACACCACGGCGGGGGGCCAGAGGCGUCUGCGCGUCCACAACCUCAGUCUGAACUGCAGCUCCCAGCUGAUGGAGCUGUUCAAGAGAUGCGAGACGGACUCGCUCAUCAACUACUUCUCCAAAACAGCCUACCGUGCCAUCCUGAAGCAGCCACUGAAGAGCGUCCGGGAGAUCCUGGUCAACCAGACCGCCCACAUGCUGGCCUGCUACCGCAAGAACUGUGCCAGCCCCUCUGCCGCCAGCCAGCUGAUCCUGCCCGAGACCAUGAAGGUGUUCCCGGUGUACAGGAACAGCCUGAUGAAGACGGCCUCCCUGGUGGGCAGCACGGAGCUGUCCACGGACGACCGCGCCCACCAGCGGCUGGCCGUCAUGGCCAUGGGCGUGGAGGACACCCAGCUGCUGCUGUACCCCCGCCUCAUCCCACUGCACAACAUGGAGCUGGAGGGCGAGGCGGUGCCGUCGCCGCUGCGCUGCUCCGAGGACCGCCUGUCCGACGGCGGGGGCGGUCCUGCUGGAGAACGGCCACGCCCUCUUCCUGUGGCCUGCCCCCCCGAGCUCAUCCAGGGGCUCUUCAACCUGCCCUCGCUCGCUCACCUGCAGCCCAACACGAAUGUGCUGCCAGAGUUGGACAGCCCCCAGUCCAGGAAGGUCCGGGCCAUCGUCAGCAGCCUGAUGCAGCAGAGACCCAACUCCAUGAAGCUGCAGAUCGUGCGACCCAAGGACAAGCUGGAGGUGCUGUUCCGUCAGUUCCUGGUGGAGGACAAGGGGCUGUACGGCGGCGCCUCCUAUAUGGACUUCCUGUGCUACGUCCACCGCGAGAUCAGGACGCUGCUCACCUAACUCCGCCCACCACCCCCGCCACCCCCACCCGUAACCCGGCAACCCCAGGCUGUCCGUCCGUCGUUCGCACAACCCCUGAGUGCGCGCUUGAGUGUGUGUAUGUGUGUGUGUGUGUGUGUGUCUGUGAGCGAGUGUGUGCGUGUGUUUGUCAGCCUGAGAGUGUGUGUGUGUCUGUGAGUCUGUGUGUGCCUGCGAGUGUGUGUAGCUGAGAAUGUGUGUGUGUGUGUGUGUGUGUGUGUGUGUGUGUGUGUGUGUGUGAGUGACGUCAGGGGACCCCACCUCCACAGGGUCCGUAUCAACGGUUUAGGGUUCAGAAUGGAGCAGACAGACAGCAGGUGUCUGCGGGGUUGGGGGGGGGGGGGGGGACAAGGGAGCCCUGUUGAUGCUGAGCCUGUGGACUGUGGACUGAAGCUGCCUUGGAGAACAAGCUCUGGUUCUUAGGCUACUGGUUCUAACUGGUUGAACCCCAUGGGAACAAGCUCAUUUCUGCUCUGGACUGAGGAACCUUUUAGUCUUGGUUUCCGUCCUGGAGAUUCACAAUGAGGAAGAGGGAGAGGCGGGACCAUCAUAAUGAACCAAUCAUAGCCCACCUCACCCCACCCGGCCGCCCUCCUAGCCAAUCGCCUUGUGCAAUAUAACGUUAUACUUUGUGAAAGAUUACCAAAAUCCUUUUUUUUUUUUUUUUUGGGCAGAGAAUGUCUCUCUCUGUCUCUCUCUCUUUGUCUCUCUGUCUCUCUGUCUCUCUGUCUCUCUAUCUCUCUAUCUCUCUCUCGCUCUAUCGCUCUAUCGCUCUCUCUCUCUCUCUCUCUCGAACCCUUUAUACAUUUAAAACGGGCAGGCUUGCAAACAAAAAGGGAUAAUUUACGUUUCCAUUUCUUAUGUUUACAAUUAGUAAGAUUCGCUGUGCCAUUAUUUGUUCCGAAUGAUUCCGAAUGAUAGUAGUACAAAUUAGUUAUUUUGUAAUUCACUACCAAUUAUGAUAUACAUACUUGUAUGAUAUGCUCUAUACAAAUACAUUUCAAAAUCAGAUCACAUUUCCAACCAAAUAGAAAGUAUUUUGCCUUUAAGAAGUAAACUUUACUAUUAAAUCUCUA